AUGCCUGGCGAAGAAGUGUGGUUGGAUGAGGCAGUUGCGUCGGCGGGUGAGGGCCUGGCGCAGUUUGAGCUCUCGCUUGAGGAGAUGUACGCCGGUGCCGGCUCGGGCGGAUGCGCCGAGGUGAGCACGAGCAUGACGGGCGGCCUGCGGCCCCCGAUUGAGUACAAGGCGUCGUCGAGCCUCGAGGCGAUGCUGCUGACACCGCGGAUCGGUGCGGCGUCGGGAGCCGAGUUGGGCGAAGGGCCGAGCGAGGAGGCCCGUAUCCGACGGCUGGCCUUUCCGCGACGACUGCAUGCGGUGGCGUGUUCGCCGAUGUGGCCGGCUGUCUGCUUUGCCGCCGAUGGCCAGGCACUGGCUGUGGCUACCGACGGCAACUUUGGCCCGCUCACCUCGCGAUCGGCGCUCGUCCGGCGGCUCUCCGACUACGGCUUCCGCAAGCAGCGCGGCGUGGACGAGUGGCGGCAUCCUGCGUUCAACGCAGCGGAGCCUGACUUUGCAGCGAUUGUGCGGCGCGGAGUGCGGCAAGGUUCGGCCGAGGCUGCGAGCGCAGGCGAUGUGGCUGUGGCGGCCGACGCGACCGAGUGCGAUGCGCUGCGACGCUCGCUGGUGCGCGGCUAA